ACCCAGGAAGUGACAGUCGUAGAGUGUAGAUACGAAGCAAAAUAGAAACAGCGGAGGGUUGUUCCGGAGAAGAAAAGCAAGCGUUUCUACUCACCGAGCUGAUAUUGUGUAUUUUUUAAACGUUGACGUUAUAAAGUUAACGUUUCAAAGAUGUCUAAUUUGACGCCGGAGAGAAAAGCACGGAGCCUUUCGGUGCUUUCUGCUGCCGUCGUGUUGUUUGUUAUCUUUGUUGGACAGGGAGAAUGCCAAACUACUCCGCCACCAAUAACGCCCUGCUCUGCCUACAAAAAUUGCGACACCUGCGUUCCACAUGCCAAGUGUCUGUGGUGCUUCACCACCAACAAUUGCACUGAUUACCCAGUGAGAUGGUUGUUGCCGCCUGCAUCAGUCUGCCAGCUGUCUCAGGCCCGUUGGGGAGUGUGUUGGUUGAACUUUGAAGCCCUGAUCAUUACUCUGGCCGUGCUGGGUGGAACCAUCCUCCUCAGCAUCGCUGUGUGCUGCUGCUGCUGCUGUUGCUGCAAGAAGCGUCGAUCAGGGCCAGACAGAGAAGAGGAGAGAUAUGCCAGAAGGAGAGAGGAGAUCAAACAGCGUUCUGAAGAGAGGAAAGUGGAGAGGCAGGCAAGACAUGAUGAAAUCCGCAAGAAGUAUGGUCUGGUGGGUGACUCGGACCACCCAUACAGCAAGUUUGAGAACGAGUAGAACAGCUGUAUCCCAGAGUUCCCCACAUGUCCAGCUGUUCCUCUGUCUUUUUUCCACCAUGAGGACAAAGUGACGAAUUCUGCAGUCGUCCACAUUGCCUGAUUGAAGAAAAUCUGAAUCUGUUUUGCCUUCUGAUUUAUUUUUUUUAUUAUUAUUAGGAUGCUGUGUUUGUGUGUUUUGGACGAAUGCUUGUUUUUAAUGCUUUCUGCACAUAUUCUUUGUAUUCAGAAAAGUCUCUACAUGUUAUUUCUUUUUAAAUAUUGUAGUUUCAUAUCAGUCUUUGCACUUUGUAAAUACAGUAUUGAUUUAUGAAAUACAAAAUUAUGAUUGUAAAGCAAAUACAUUCUGUCACAAAUAAAACCCCUCUCUUCUAA